AUGGAAACCACGGGGAAAGCAAAUAAAAAAGAUACACAAGAGAAGCCAAAGGAAACCAAACUGCCUACUAGUGAAGCCCUUCUAGACUAUCAUUGUCAAAUAAAGGAAAAUGCAGUAGAGCGCUUCAUGUUUCAAAUAAAAAAGCUUAGGGAAAAGAACCAAAAGUAUCACGAGAGAAACCGACACUUGAAGGAUGAACAGAUCUGGCACAUACGGAACCUACUCAAGGAACUGAGUGAAGAGAAAUCAGACACAUUACCUGCUGUGUCAAGGGAGGAUGUUGAAGAAGCGAUGAAAGAAAAAUGGAAGUUUGAAAGAGACCAGGAAAAAAACUUGAAAGAUAUGCGCACACAAAUAAGUAAUGCUGAGAAACUAUUUCUUGAAAAACUCAGUGAAAAGGAAUAUUGGGAAGAGUACAAGAAUGUAGGGAGUGAUCAACAUGCUAAACUCAUUACAUCCUUACAAAAUGACAUCAAUAAAGUCAAAGAGAAUGCAGAGAAAAUGUCAGAACAGUAUAAAAUCACUCUGGAAGAUGCUAGAAAGAGAAUAAUCAGAGAAACUUUGUUGCAACUGGACCGAAAAAAGGAAUGGGCCACACAGAAUGCUGUAAGGCUCAUUGAUAAGAGCAGUUAUCGAGAGAUCUGGGAGAAUGACUGGCUAAAAAGAGAGAUUGCAAUACACAGAAAGGAAGUUGAAAAAUUAGAAAAAGUUAUUCAUGAACUGGAAGAAGAAAACUUGGUGCUUAUUGAUCAACUUUUCAACUGUAGACUUGUGGAUCUCAAAAUACCCAGGCGACUAUAUCUUACUCAAGCUGCUGGGCAGAGUGUGCCACUGGAAAGAAAGCCUUUGGAGUUGCCAGAAACAUGUCCAGAAGAGAAGUCAAAAGUGCAACCUAUAGAAGUAGAAAGUAGAGACAGGAUGAGCUCAUCAGUUAAGAGCAGUGCCCUCCAUCUCAGUCAUCAAGACAGUAUCAAAGAUGCCCAGCACCUGAAGAUAGAUGAAGAUGAGCUCUCACGCCCAGAAUUUGGAGGCUCUGAUAUGAAGUAUUUACUAUAUGAGGAUGAGCAGGAUUUCAGGGAAUAUGUCAAGUUGGGCCCCCUGGAAGUAAAGCUUAUGUGUGUGGAGGGCAAGAAAAUGCCCAUUCAUUUUCAAGAUAAGGAUGCUCCAAUCAAGCUCCAUGAAGAUGUCAGAAGUCCAGAAAGCUGCAUCACCUGUAAGAUGGUGAAGUCUCUUCUCUAA